CACAGAUCCACCUGGAAGGGAACCGCCUUGUUCUCACUUGCCUUGCUGAAGGGAGCUGGCCUCUGGAGUUCAAGUGGAUGCUCAAUGACAGCGAGCUUACCACCUAUACCAGCGAAUAUAAAUAUAUUAUUCCAUCUUUGCAUAGACAUGAUGCUGGUUUUUACCGCUGUGUGGUACGAAAUAGAAUGGGAGCUCUCUUGCAAAGAAGAUCAGAAGUUCAAGUUGCAUAUAUGGGAAAUUUCAUAGCUACAGACCAGAGAAAAACAGUUUCUCAAGGACAUGCAGCUGUUCUCAACCUGCUGCCCAUCACCAGCUGCCCCAGACCUCAAGUGACUUGGUUCAGAGAAGGGCACAAGAUUAUCCCAAGCAACAGAAUAGCCAUCACGCUGCAGAAUCAGCUGGUGAUACUGGCGGCCACUGCAGGAGACACUGGAGCCUACUACGUGCAGGCUGUCAACGAGCGCAACGGGGAGAACAAGACCAGCCCGUACAUUUCCUUGAGCGUAGCAGGAGAUGUUGGCACACCUGACACCAUGGCCCCCAUCAUUGUGAUUCCCCCAGGAAACAGCAGUGUGGUAGCUGGAUCCAGCGAGGUUACCUUGGAAUGCAUAGCCAAUGCCAGGCCUGUUGAAGAACUGAGCGUGAGCUGGAAAAGAAAUGGAGUGAGGCUCACCAGUGGGCUGCACAGCUUUGGGAGACACCUCACCAUCAACAAUCCCACAUCUUCGGACACCGGGUUGUAUGUUUGCGAAGCGACACUAAGAGGAAGCACUUUUGAGCCUGCUAGGGCAAAAGCCUUCCUUUCUGUCAUAGAGCCACCAUAUUUUACCGCUGAACCUGAGAAUCGGAUUUUGGUCGAAGUGGAGGAAACCGUGGACAUCGUGUGCAGAGCUAUGGGGGUGCCUUUGCCUACCCUCCGCUGGUACAAGGAUGCCACGUCCGUCAGCAAGCUCCAGAACCCUCGAUACAAAGUGCUUUCCAGCGGAGUCCUGCGCAUCCAGAAGCUGCACCCAGAGGAUUCUGGAAUCUUCCAGUGUUUUGCCAGUAACGAAGGAGGGGAAAUCCAGACCUACACCUACUUGGAUGUGACCAAUGUCGCACCAACCUUCACUCAGCUUCCAGUGGACACCACAGUUACAGACGGGAUGACAGCAGUGUUACGGUGUGAGGUGUCCGGAGCUCCCAAGCCUGCCAUCACAUGGAAGAGAGGAAACCACAUUUUGGCCAGUGGCUCCGUCCGGAUUCCUAGGUUCAUGCUCCUGGAGUCUGGGGGUCUACAGAUAGCCCCUGUCUUCGUCCAGGACGCUGGCAACUACACCUGCUAUGCAGCCAACACAGAGGGCUCCCUGAAGGCAUCCGCAGCGCUCACUGUGUGGAAUAGAACAUCCAUUGUCGACCCUCCUGAAGACCUAGUCGUGAUUAAGGGGACCACCGCCACCCUGCGCUGUGGAGCCAUUCAUGACCCCCGGAUUUCUCUCCGCUAUGUCUGGAAGAAGGACCGCGUGGCCCUCACCCCAUCUAGCAGCUCCAGAAUUGUGGUGGAGAAAGACGGGGCCCUCCUCAUUAGCCAGACCUGGUCAGGUGACAUCGGAGACUACACCUGUGAAAUUAUCUCCCCGGGUGGGAAUGACUCCAGGACCGCCCGUCUGGAAGUGAUUGAACUACCUCAUUCGCCUCAGAACCUCCUGGCCAGUCUGAAUUCCUCCCACAGCCACACUGUGGUGCUUUCUUGGGUUCGACCCUUUGAUGGAAACAGCCCUGUUCUUUAUUACAUUGUGGAGCUGUCUGAAAACAACUCUCCGUGGAAAGUGCAUCUGUCAGACAUUGGCCCCGAAAUGACAGGCGUCACCGUGCAUGGUCUGACCCCCGCUCGCACCUAUCAAUUCAGGGUGUGUGCCGUGAAUCAAGUGGGCAAGGGCCAGUACAGCACAGAGACAAGCAGGUUGAUGUUACCUGAAGAACCACCCAGUGCUCCCCCCAAAAAUAUAGUGGCCAGUGGACGGACAAAUCAGUCCAUCAUGGUUCAGUGGCAACCACCCCCAGAAACAGAACACAAUGGGGUGCUGCGUGGGUACAUCCUCAGGUACCGCCUGGCCGGCCUGCCUGGAGAGCAUCAGCAGAGGAACAUCAGCAGCCCAGAAGUGAACUACUGCCUGGUGGCAGAGCUGAUCAUCUGGACGCAGUAUGAAAUACAGGUGGCAGCUUACAACGGGGCUGGACUGGGCGUCUUCAGCAGGGCCGUGACAGAGUACACCUUACAAGGAGCACCCCCACAGAAUGUGCAGGCGGAAGCUGUGAAUUCCACAACCAUUCAGUUCCUGUGGAAGCCUCCCCCUCAGCAGUUCAUUAAUGGCAUCAACCAGGGAUACAAGCUUCUAGCAUGGCCAGAAGAUGCCCCUGAGGUUACCACUGUAGCCACCAUCGCUCCUGACUUCCAUGGAGUCCACCACGGAUACAUAACUAACUUGAAGAAGUUUACUGCUUACUUCACAUCAGUUCUGUGUUUCACCACUCCAGGGGAUGGGCCUCCAAGUACUCCUCAGCUCAUCCGGACUCAUGAAGACAAACCAGGAGCUGUGGGACAUCUGAGUUUCACAGAGAUUCUGGACACAUCUCUCAAGGUCAGCUGGCAGGAGCCCCUGGAGAAAAACGGCAUCAUUACAGGCUACCAGAUUUCCUGGGAGGUGUAUGGUAAGAACGACUCUCAUCUCUCACACACUCUAAAUAGCACAACUCAUGAAUACAAGAUCAAAGGGCUGUCCUCUCUCACCACCUACACCAUCGAAGUGGCUGCCGUCACUGCCGUGGGGCCUGGCCUGGCGACAUCGUCCACCAUUUCUUCUGGAGUGCCCCCAGAGCUUCCUGGUGCUCCAUCCAAUCUGGUCAUUUCCAACAUCAGCCCUCGCUCAGCUACUCUUCAGUUCCGACCAGGCUACGACGGCAAGACAUCCAUCUCCAGGUGGAUCGUGGAGGGACAGGUAGGGGCCAUCGGCGACGAGGAGGAGUGGGUCAGCCUCUACGAGGAGGAGAAUGAGCCCGAUGCCCAGACCCUGGAGAUCCCAAACCUUACACCUUACACUCACUACAGGUUUCGAAUGAGACAGGUGAACAUCGCCGGUGCCAGCCCCUUCAGCCAGUCGUCCCGGGUCAUCCGGACACUGCAGGCCCCUCCUGACGUGGCUCCCACCAGCAUCACAGUCAGAACUGCUAGUGAGACCAGCCUGCGGCUCCGCUGGGUGCCCCUGCCCGAUUCCCAGUACAACGGGAACCCCGAGUCUGUGGGCUACAGGAUUAAGUACUGGCGUCUGGACCUGCAGUCCUCGGGGCUGGCCCAAGUCAUCAACGAUCGGCUGGAGAGGGAGUCCACCAUCGAGGAGCUGGAGGAGUGGACGGAGUACGAGCUGCAGAUGCAAGCGUUCAACGCCAUCGGGGCUGGGCCCUGGAGCGAGGUGGUGCGGGGCCGGACGCGGGAGUCAGUCCCUUCAGCUGCCCCUGAAAACGUGUCAGCUGAGGCUGUCAGCUCGACCCAGAUUUUACUGACAUGGGCUUCAGUGCCUGAACAGGACCAGAACGGGCUCAUAUUGGGCUACAAGAUCCUGUUCCGGGCCAAAGAUCUGGACUCCGAGCUCAGAAGUCACGUCGUGCGAGGCAACCAUACGCAGUCCGCGUUGCUGGCAGGCCUGCGCAAGUUUGUGCUGUAUGAGCUCCAGGUGCUGGCCUUCACCCGCAUCGGGAAUGGGGUCCCCAGCUCUCCCCUCCUCCUCGAGCGGACCAAAGAUGACGCCCCAGGCCCACCCGUGAGGCUGGUGUUCCCCGAAGUUCGGCUCACGUCAGUGAGGAUUGUCUGGCAGCCCCCAGAGGAGCCCAACGGCAUCAUUCUGGAAAAAGUCUCUUCUGGUGUUCACAGGGCCCAUCAAGGGUACCAGAUUGCCUACCGCCUGGCCAGCAGCAGCCCCAACACGUUCACCACCGUGGAGGUCGGUGCCACGGUGAGGCAGUUCACGGCCACCGAGCUGGCCCCAGAAUCAGCCUACAUCUUCAGGCUGUCGGCCAAGACCAGGCAGGGCUGGGGGGAGCCGCUGGAGGCCACGGUCAUCACCACUGAGAAGAGAGAGCGGCCUGCGCCCCCCAGAGAGCUCCUGGUGCCCCAGGCAGAAGUGACGGCCCGUGGCCUCCGGCUCCAGUGGGUCCCGGGCAGCGACGGAGCCUCUCCCAUCCGCUACUUCACAGUGCAGCUGAGAGAGCUGCCCGGAGGAGACUGGCAGACCUACUCCUCGUCCGUCAGCCACGAGGCCACCGCCUGCGCCGUGGAAAGGCUGAGGCCCUUCACCUCCUACAAGCUGCGCCUAAAAGCCACCAAUGACAUCGGGGACAGCGACUUCAGCGCGGAGACAGAGGCGGUAACCACGCUGCAGGAUGUGCCAGGAGAACCUCCAAGUUUCGUCUCAGUGACACCGCACACCACCUCCUCUGUUCUGAUCCAGUGGCAGCCUCCGAGGGACGAGAGCCUGAACGGCCUCCUGCAGGGGUACAGGAUCUACUACAGGGAGCUGGAGGCCGAAGCAGCCUCAGGCAGCGAGUACAAGACACUGCAGACACCAUCCGCCUUACGGGCAGAGCUCACAGCCCAAAGCAGCUUCAAGACUGUGAACAGCAGCUCCACAUUAACGACGUAUGAACUAACACAUCUAAAGAAAUACCGCCGCUACGAAGUGGUGAUGACCGCCUACAACAUCAUAGGCGAGAGCCCGGCCAGCGCACCCGUGGAGGUCUUCGUGGGCGAGGCAGCCCCUGCCAUGGCCCCACAAAACAUCCAGGUGAACCCGCUCACGGCCAGCCAGCUGGAGGUGACCUGGGACCCGCCGCCACCCGAGAGCCAGAAUGGGAACAUCCAGGGCUACAAGAUUUAUUACUGGGAGGCCGACAGUCAGAACGAGACUGAGAAAAUGAAAGUCCUGUUCCUGCCCGAGACCGCGGUGAAGCUGAAGAACCUGAGCAGCCACACCAAAUACCUGGUCAGCAUCUCUGCCUUUAAUGCUGCCGGCGACGGGCCCAGAAGCGACCCCCGGCAGGGGCGCACCCAUCAGGCAGCUCCUGGGACCCCCAGCUUUUUGGCGUUCUCGGAAAUAACCUCCACCACACUCAACGUCUCGUGGGGCGAGCCGCUGGCUGCCAACGGUGUGCUGCAGGGCUACCGCGUGGUGUACGAGCCCUUAGCACCUGUGCAAGGGGUGAGCAAGGUGGUGACGGUGGAUGUGAAAGGGAAUUGGCAGCGCUGGCUAAAGGUGCGGGAUCUCACCAAAGGGGUGACCUACUUCUUCCGUGUGCAAGCGCGGACCAUCACCUACGGGCCCCAGCUGCAAGCGAAUGUCACGGCCGGGCCAGCCGAGGGUUCUCCAGGGUCCCCUCGAGAUGUCCUGGUCACCAAAUCCGCCUCUGACCUGACCCUGCAGUGGACGGAGGGAAACGCUGGCCGGGCACCUACCACGGGCUACGUCAUAGAGGCCAGGCCCUCAGAUGAAGGCCUGUGGGAUAUGUUCGUGAAGGACAUUCCGCGGAGUGCUACAUCCUACACCCUCAGUCUGGAUAAGCUCCGGCCAGGAGUGACGUACGAGUUCCGGGUGGUGGCUGUGAAUGAGGUGGGCUUUGGGGAGCCCAGCAGCCCCUCGACAGCUGUGUCAGCGCAAGUGGACGCCCCCUUCUACGAGGAGUGGUGGUUCCUGCUGGUGCUGGCGCUGUCCAGCCUGAUCCUCCUCCUGCUGGCAGUGUUCACCCUGGUCCUGCACCGGCAGAGUAAGAAGUACAAGAACUGCGGCACAGGUAAGAGCAUCUCCAACAUGGAGGAGUCCGUGACCCUGGACAACGGAGGAUUCGCUGCCUUAGAACUCAACAGCCGCCACCUCAAUGUCAAGAACACCUUCUCCAAAAAGAACGGGACCAGGUCCCCGCCACGGCCGAGCCCUGGCGGGCUGCACUACUCGGACGAGGACAUCCACCAGAAGUACAACGGCGCGGCGCUGAGCGACAGCGGGAACCUCAAGGAGAAGUCGGUGGACGCGUCGGAAUCCGAGGCCACCGACUCGGAGUACGAGGACGCGCCCCCUCAGCACUCCUUCGUCAACCACUACAUGAGCGACCCCACCUACUACAACUCGUGGAAGCGCCGCGCCCCGCACCGCUACGAGGCGGUGGCGGGCGGCGAGGCGGGGCCGCACCUGCACACCGUGGUGACCACGCAGAGCGCGGUGUUCGCGCCCCCCGGCCCCGGCGCCCGGACUCCGCUCACCGGCUUCUCCUCCUUCGUGUGAGCCCGGCGUCCGGCCGAGGGGCGAACUCUGGAGUCUAUUUUUGUUAAGACAAUCAACUCCAAUCACGGAGCCCGAGUUUUUGUUUAAAAACCAAUUCUGAUACGUGAUGAUUUUACCUACUUGUGAACACUAGAUUUCAAUUCAAAAGGUUUUUUUAACGGCUUUUUGUACCAUCGCUGCAGGAAGCGGGUUUCUUUCUUUUUUCUUUUCUUUUUACGAGAAGGUGUAUUUCACUGGUGCAAUGGCUUCGCGCCCGGGCUUCGGAAGGCCUCAGACCGCCCAGUCCUGGGCUGCUUCAUCCUGAGGCCCAGCUAGGCCGACGGAGGGGGCCCCGGAGGGCCGGGAGACCCCUCUGGCCCCCAGGCCCUGCACCUCCCGCCGCCUCCUCUGCUUCCGGACCCGGCGCCCCGACUCCAUCCUGCACAGCUUCGGGCUCCCGGCUCAGGCGUGGGGAUUGAAGAACGAAUGUUUGAUCUGGGCUCGGGGCUUCCUGGCCCACUUCAUGCAUUUCUGAACGUGCCCUCAGCAGUUUCUAGGCAAGGAAGCGGCCGUAAGGUUUCCAGCAACCAGCGGGGACCAAGGGGCAGGAGAUCUCAGCGCGGGGUCGCCUGAGGGUGAGGGCUCAGCCGCCCUGCGAUGAGCCCUUGUAAUGGUGAAAUCUCCGGGGCGUUUUUCUUUCUCUCUUUCAAUCCAGUAGUACAGGACAGGAGACCUCCCCCGCGGCCGGAAGCCAUCGCGGGGCCCUGAGCGAGCCGCGCAGGCCGGCCCGGCUCCCUGAGAGGAAAGGAGGUGGCGUCUCCAGAGUCGCUGGUGGGAUACGGAGUGUGCAUUGUUAACCAGAGUAUUUUUUAAAUCUUUUUAUCUUUUUUUAAAAGAUGUCACAUGAAAUGAAUGAGUCUUUGCUGUCUCCAGGUGCCUUUUUAUUAAUUAUUUAGCUUUGUACAUGAGAAAGCGACAGUGUCUCCAAAUAAAGCAAAGCAGGUCUGAGAACUGAGGUCCUCGUCCCGCGCGCCCCGGCGAGGCUCAGCCCUCCCGCCGCCCCGCCUUAGGUCUCCCUGUCUGCCCCCCUGCUUCUUGGCACCCCUCAGUGCUGCUGCCCCUGCCCCCUCAGAGGCCAGCUUUUAGCCUUAACAGGUUUUCUGGAAGCUUUUUUCCUUUAAUUGUUACGGUUUUGUUUUCAUGUUUUAGCGAAAGGAAAGUAGCAUGAAUACUUCGAAAAGUUUAGAGUCCAAACUAGCUAUGUCUCCAGCGCAUCACAUUAUUAUUGCAACGGGGGUCUGAGGUGGCUGGGGUGCAGGUGGUGGGGCCCCCGGCUCAGAGCACAGGUGGAGAGGUCACAGUGCUGCUAGUGUGGCACCCUGGGAGCCCCACAUUGCCUUGGCCAGCAGGAGGGUGGCCCGGGACAGAUGCACCCCACUCCACCGACAUCCCCGGGGUGCAGUAAGCAAGGUCCGAUACAGGGUCCUCCCAAGUGACCAGAGCCUGAAGGUGGGGUAUGGUGGGCCCAGCGAUGGGCUGGUGCCAGCCAGGAGCCAGUGUCCAGCGAGCACAUGGUCUGUGCGUGCCCGCCCCGCUGCACCGCCUGAGGCCGGGGGGCUGGACCUUCUGCUUUCACAGUUGCUGGGUGUGGCCCCAGAAGACCAAGGAGAGUUUUGUGUUGGAUGGAAAAAUCCCUUUGCAGUUCUUUCAAAAAUAAAGAGUAUGGAAAGUCUCCUUUCUGUCUCUUCCCCUUCCUGUCCUCCCUUCCGCUCCUUCCUUCCUGCUGUUUCUGAGUGGGGGGACUGUAUUCUAAACCAAAAAUCUUAGAUGCUGUGCCCAAAGCCACCUCCGCAGGAGAAUCUCACCACCUCCCACCCCGCCUCCCGUUCACCGGACAGGACCCAGGCCCGGCAGCCGCCUCCUUCCUCUCGGCCCAAAGACAGCGCAGUGGACAGGAGACCGCAUCGCGGCCGCUGGAACUCCUGGAAGACGAGUGACCAGUGGAAACGUGGCCAGACCCUGCCUUCCGUGCCCUCGACCGCCUCCCAAGCCAUACAGACACUGCUUUAAUUAAUGGGGAGAUGUUGGAACAUCCCAGGAUGUGGAUGGUUCGGUUUGAGGUGUUUUUUGCUUUUGGGUUUUUGUGACAUGACACCUUUUUAUUCAGGCUCAUAUUUCCUGUAUUCUCUCUACUCUCAGUAAACUUUUUUUGGUAUGGAAUUGUCUGUACGAGGUUGCACUGGCACGCUGAUGGACUGUUAACACUCUCGCCCCUCUCUGUCACUGGGGCCUCUGGCCUAUGAGAGCCGCCCGCACCGAAGGAACAGAGCUGGGUAUUUCUAGGUAGGUUUCAGUCUCCUGCCCAGAGCACUGUGGGCUUUGACACGUGUCCACCCCCACCUUUCAUCUUUAGGGAGGAAAAACAAAUCACAAUAGGAGAAUGGACGCUGGAUUUGAUCUCAGUUCUGGAACCAAGGACAGCCACCUUUCUGUUAUCCAGGCCAAAGGAAAUGUUCCCUUCCCUGCUUCCGGAGCGGGGCAUUCAGGUGCCUCACGGUGAGCAGCAGCUGAGUCCUCCCUGGAAGCCCUUAACCGGCGUCAGAGGAGUGUGGUGAGCUGCCCUCCCAGGUGAAGGUGCAGGGAAGCAGCAGGAGGCGCCAGGCUCUGUCUGAGCUGUGGGGCAUGGUGUGCAGGGUUCCGCUCGCUGUGCGGGGCUCCAGGGAAGUGAGCUGUCAGGGCAGAGCUGUAUAUGUCUCUGUGCCCCCAGUGGGCAUCAUGCACCCCACCUUGGCCUCCAGCACCUCCACCCUCUUAGUAAGUUGGCCCACACUGAGCUCUCUCCUCCCCCAGCCUGCCCCAGCCUCUCGCCACCUCUUCAGAGCACGCAGGAAAUGUAGCAAGAGGCAGGCGGCAGAGGGCCUCGGGGGGGCUCUUCCCUCUGCACGCAGGUGUGGGCCUCGCCUCGUGGGCUCGCAGCCCUGGGGAGGCUCCACGCUACACCUCUGUUGAUUCUGUGCUUGUGCCUGGUGAUGAUGGACUGACGCAUGGUGUUUGCAUAAAAGUUUGUCGCAUGGUCUUAGUCUGCGAGUCCUUGACACACAGUGUAGUUAUUCUCCCAACGAGCCAUCAGUCCACGCGUCUGAAGCGUGGCUCUCCCUGCUUCAGCACCCCAGCAGCUCGGAUCCGGGCUGAAGGGGUGAGCCGUGCAGGAACCCAAGGACUGGCCCGCCUGCCGAGGCUCGCCCCAUUUCCUCUCAAGGUCACCUUCUGUGUGUCAGUAGCUUAGGUUGGUCCUGAGGUUUUCCCAACAACAUUUUCUGGAAUUGUGCAGAAAACCUGAUCUCCUUUUCAAAAAUACUGUAGGAAGACAGAGAGGUGCUAUGGGUGCAAUUUUUAAU